AUGGAUACACCUACCAUGUCCAUUAUCAAUGUUGACGAUAAUGGGGAUGAGUCUGAGGUGUCAGGAGGGGACAAUAACGAGGGAAAUGAAGUUGAUUACACACAAAAUUAUUGGGAGGAUGAGGAUGAUAUCUACCAGGAGUUCGAGGAGUUGGACUUUGAGGCAUUGUCGGAUAACUUGGACACACGGAGCAUUGUCUCAGACGAUUCUUUCUAUCCCCCUGACAAUUCAGUUAUACCCUAUAUGUACCGCUCACCAAGCCCUGACACCCCCGAGCCAAUUUCUUUCUUUAAGGCCUGCUGCAACAACAACGCCAUCAUCGUCAAGAUUAUGAUCAGACAAGGAGUGACCGAAGAGGAAGUGAAAGAGACAGAUAGGAACAGAAGAUCUGGGCUGAUUAUGGCCUGCUACCAUGGAUACGUGGACGUGGUCAUCGCCCUCUCUCAGUGCCCGUACCUCGAUGUUAACUGGCAGGACAACGAGGGAAACACUGCUCUUAUUACUGCAGCACAAGCAGGUCAUAUGACAAUCUCUAACUACCUACUCAACUACUUCCCUGGGCUGGACAUCGAGAGGAGGAACUGUCACGGUUUCACAGCUUUGAUGAAGGCUGCAAUGCAGGGCCGGGCUGAGUGUGUCAGAACUCUCAUGCUGGCUGGAAGUGAUAUUCAGGCACGGGACUACGGACGAAAAAUGACACCCAGGGAGUGGGCUCUCUUCACUGGUCGAUACGAGACGGCCAACCUGAUGUAUCGGCUGAUGGCAAAGCCCUGUGCAGAGCAGUUCUGUGACUCCUUCUCCCUGGAGUGGCCCAUGCUGGAGGAGCUGGUGGCCCAGGCCCAAGAGCCCCAGUCCUGCUGGAGGCGUUUGCUCAACGUCCUCUCCUGCUGCCCUUAUAGGUUUUACAUCAACAACAAGAUAAACCCCAUGGAUGACGGCGUUCUUGACCACAUGAUCCGUGUCACCACCAGUAUUUCCAGUCCAUUCAUUGCCAUAGCUUGCCGCACCGUGAGUCCGGGCAGCCCGCCGUGCAUCGGGAAGCGCCGUCAAGCCGUGCAGGAGAUCCUGAGGAGGCAACGGGUGGCUGAGCUGAAGCGCCUGGGCCCGGACAGACUGAACAACUACAAGUUAUUUUUCCAGAACUCGCGGGUCCUUCUCAUCCCCAAGACGACGGAUCGGAGGGCCAGCCUCCAGCCUCAGCUGCUGAGCAAAGUGGCCAUGGCGUCCACGGUGGCCAUGAGACGAGCAAGUCUCCUGCCUCUGAACAUGCUGAGGAGAAGCAGCGUGCGGUCAGGCAUUGUGGUGCCCAAAGUGAGGCUCUGCAAAGCCCCACCCCCGACCUUUAUACCGGAAAAACACAAAAAGAGCAGUAACCACAACCAGCUCGAGAUCCCCAAUUGGAACUACAAGAUGAAGAGAGUAGAGAGGAGGCGGGAGGAGGAGAGGCAAAGACAGUUACUCAUGAUAAGGAGGAGAUAAGGGGAAAGGGGAGUACUGUAUGUUCACAUUAUUUGAGAAAGCAGGACAUGACUUGCUACAACUUCAAAGAGCUGGAUGUUAUAAUACAGAGUGCUAUUGCUUCCACAUAUAAGUUGUUUCUUUAAACGUCAACUUUAAAUGUCAAUAUAACAGCAAAUUUUUGUUUGCUGAGAUUGAUGAUAUUGCUGAAUUUGUUGCCUU